AUGGGGUACUUGAGCUCCGUGAUCGGCCACCCCACCGAUGGAUCCUCCGUCAGUGGCGGCGGCCUCAGCCAGAAUGGUAAAUUUAGCUAUGGCUAUGCAAGCUCCCCUGGUAAAAGGGCAUCAAUGGAAGACUUCUAUGAGACAAAAAUUGACUGUGUUGAUGGUCAGAUAAUUGGUCUUUUUGGAGUUUUUGACGGUCAUGGUGGUGCUAAAGUAGCAGAGUAUGUUAAAGAAAACUUGUUCAACAAUCUUGUUAGUCAUCCAAAGUUCAUCAGUGAUACUAAAGUCGCUAUAGAUGAUGCUUAUAAAAGCACCGACAGUGAAUUCUUAGAAUCUGACAGUAGUCAAAAUCAAUGUGGGUCGACUGCAUCAACUGCUGUACUUGUUGGUGAUCGCCUCUUUGUCGCAAAUGUUGGUGACUCUAGGGCUAUCAUAUGCAGGGAAGGAAAUGCUAUUGCUGUUUCAAAAGAUCACAAGCCUGAUCAAACUGAUGAGCGGCAGCGUAUUGAAGAUGCUGGAGGUUUUGUGAUGUGGGCAGGAACAUGGCGUGUUGGUGGUGUACUUGCUGUUUCUCGUGCUUUUGGUGACAAACUCUUAAAGCAAUACGUAGUUGUGGAUCCGGAGAUCCGAGAGGAAGUUGUCGAUGACACACUUGAGUUUCUCAUCCUUGCAAGUGAUGGGCUGUGGGAUGUGGUCUCUAACGAGGAAGCUGUCGCGAUGACCAGAUCCAUUCAGGACCCAGAAGAGGCUGCAAAGAAGCUCUUGCAAGAGGCCUACAAGAGGGAGAGCAGUGACAACAUAACUUGUGUCGUUGUGCGCUUCUUGCGCGGGCAAGGUAGUAGUGGAUACGUUUAA